AUGGGCAAGAAAAGCAAAAUUACCGGUAAGGUGGAUAACGGCCUCAAGGAGAGGCUCCGGGCCAAUAUGAAGGCCAAGAAGAAGGGUAACCCCUGCUACGCCUUCGGUAUGGCCCUAAAUCCCAAGAUGAGGUCGGUUCUGGGGGAGGAGCACCGCGCGCUCCUGGUCGUAAAGUCGGGGGACCCGGACAUUGACUUGUACAUCCGCUCGUUGUUCGCGACGGGAGGCUGUGGCCAGUAUUCGAAGGACUCCGUCGAGGAUGGAGAGGAUUAUAUUAUGAAGAUGGCCGCAUUAAAAAAAGUGGUCCCCCCGCUCCGGGCGUCCGAGAUUUUGAAGGUGGAUAGCGCCACCCUCAUGGCCGCGUGUGAGGACACCGAGGGGUCGCAGAAAUCGCCGUCGGGUGCGGCGCCGGCGGCCGCGGCGUCGCCGGCGCCGGCGCCGUCGACGGAAAGCAAGGCCCCCGAGAGCCCGAUCCCUAUUGAUCAGUCGCCGCUGCAAGCGCCGGCGCCGGCGCCGUCGAGCCCCCUAUCGUCGGCGAAGCUCGUCGACCAGAAGAAGUGGGGUGAUCGGUGCGCGACGGGGGCGUCGGACGACGACGAGUAUGAAAUCGGGCGCCUGCCCGACGCUGAUCAAAAAGCCAAUAUCAUGACAUCGAGGUCGCGUUGAAUGUCAUUUAUCGGCGCCUGCUCGGCGUGGAAGCGAAAACGGCUUCGGUCGCCGUCAGGCACGAACUGGGUGUCGCGUCCGUCGCAACUCGUAUAGACGCCGCGGCGCUGAAAUUCCGCAACAACAUCUUGUCGUUGGACCCUCGGGAUUUCCUCGUUCGCCGGGUAUACGACGGCCUGAUGAACGAUUCUAAAGGUCGCGGAUCGUCGAGGAACGGGGCUUUGUUCCUGGAUAAGCUUGCGUUAGAAGCGAAUUGGCCUGGGCCUCUGAAAAAACCGGCCGCGAAAAAGUUCGUCAAUGAAUUCGUCGCAUCGCGCCGAGUUUCCGAGCUCGUCGAUGGCUUCAAGAGAAUGACGACUCUCCGCAACAUGAGCGAUUGGGUCGAGAAGGAACGUUUCGGCUUGCCGGAAUAUUUACUCAGAACGUGCCCCUCGUCUCUUCGGGAAGGGCGGAGGUUGAAGACGAAGUUCCGAUUGGGUUGCCACGAUCUCCGGAGCUCGAGCUCCCGAACGCAGCUUGUCCGCAACGCGCAAUGUCCCUGUUGCAAAUCCCGCGAGUCGGAAACGAUUCAACAUGCCCUACUUGAAUGCUCGGCUUUUACGAAAGAACGUGACACGUUCCUUGAACGGUUCUACGAGUUGCACCCUAUCGCGCGUGGCUUGAGCCCCGAAGGUCUUUGCGACGUCCUAAUGAGUGACGACUUACCUCACGAGACUGAGAAUACUAUGUAUAGAUACCUUAUUGCUAUUUCGAGGCUCCGGUUGGGCAUCCUGACCGAGCGGGGAGAAGGCUCCUAG